AUGACUAUUUCUGCGGGUGGAUCUACUAAAAUUCGAGAUGCGGUUCUAAUCCCAUUCAAUGUUGUCUCCCACCUGCACAAUACUCAGACUGAAGUCUUCCAAGACGAUGUGUUCGGAGAAGUGGUAAAGGACUGGGAGGCUUUACUUAGUGCGAAGGACUUCUUUAACGCCGAAGCCGGCACACUCACCGCACAGCCGAAGGUUUCACUCUGUCCAAAGGAUAUGACGAAAGGUAUGAUGGCGUUGAUUGUGCAGUUUGCAUAUCUACACUAUAGGUGCCAGAGCGACAGGGAAGUAGAUGUCAAUGUGGGAUGA